AUGAUCGCCUUCGCUUUCGCCGCUGCCGUCUUGGCCACCGCCAACGCUGGAGUCCUCCACUCCGCCCCUCUUCUCCAGGCUCAUCAUGCCCCCCUUCUGUCUCACGUCGCCGUCGCCCAUGCUGCUCCUGUCGCAGUCGCCCAUCCCGUCGCCACCUCCUACACCUCGGUGACCAAGACCAUCCACGCGCCCGUCGCUAAGAUCGCCCAUGCGCCCGUUCUCCACGCGCCACUUCUCCACGCCGCUCCCGUCGCCAAGAUCGCCCAUGCGCCCGUUCUCCACGCACCCCUUCUCCACGCCGCUCCCGUCGCGAAGAUCGCUCAUGCUGCUCCCCUCCUCUCGACUCACAUCGGCCACGCCGUUGCCGCUCCCAUCUACGGAACUGCCUACGGAACUGCUUACGGAGCUCACGCUUGGUAA